AUGGAGGACGUCAGAUUGCAAACAACACCCGAAAGGAAAGAAUAUCUUUCACUAUACAUCAAACGAUCAAAGACAGAUCAGGUUGGCAAGUGGACACUUCUAUAUUUGUCCCACUCUGGGCACCGUGUCUGUGCCUUGUGCUCAAUGAAGAAGAAUCUCCAACUGCAACAUCUGAGAACAGACUUCACGACAUCAUCUCCUCUAUUCAGACUUACAAAUGGUCUACCUAAUUCUCGACAAGCAUUGAUGGAUUUUGUCUCUUCGCUACUGCUUCUUAUCGGGCUAAACCCGUCUCGAUACAGUGGUCAUAGCUUCAGGAUUGGUGGCGCCACAUCGGCAUCACUCGCAGGACUCACGGAUUACGAAAUCCAACUACUGGGCCGAUGGAAAUCGGAUUGUUACAAACGGUACAUUCGUUCACCUUUGAACCUAUUUUUGGAGAUUCCCACAAAACAGUAUGCUUCUAUUGCAUACCAGUAUGCGAACCCAUACAAACUCACACAAGACUAA